AUGACUCCAAGGUGCUUGUUGGUUGGACAUACCGCUCCGGUAACAUGCUUAUCCCGGGCUUCGAUCAUACAGGACAAUAACUUUAUUGUGAGUUCAUCUGAAGCUGGUGAGAUGUGCACUUGGGACCUGGUGGACGGGAAGUGUCGGGAGAGCGUCAAGCUGUUGCAAGUUCAUACAAAUAUACAGGCUUACCACAUGUGCAAUAGUGAAGAUCUACGCCUGUUCUGCAAUGGAUACUAUGCAGAGAUUUUGAUUAUGGAUCCAUUCUCGCUAGAGAUACUGUUCUCUCUGAGCUCUAAGAUGAAUCCGGAUUGGAUUUCAGCUCUUCAUGUUUUGCGUCCGUCAUCCAGGAAGGACGAUGUGGUUCUCGCCAUCUCGAUCACUGGAACUGUCAAGGUUUGGUCACUCCUAGGACAUGAGAACAAACAAUCAGAACCUAUUUACGAGAACGAAUCCAAGCAGAUCCGAUGUCUCAACGCUCUGUCCUUGAACUGUUGCGCUUAUAACCAAAGAACGGUGUUAAUUGUGUGUGCUAAAUACUGUCAGAUAUACGAUGCGGGUGAUUUUUCCGUUCUCUGCUCCAUCCAAGCUCCUACUGGCGAACGCUGGAUGUCAGGGGACUUUUUAGCUCCUGACAGGGUGCUGGUUUGGUCUACUGAAGGCAAGGGAUACCUAUAUAAGCUACCGGCCAAUUCUGUGCCGGACCACAAGGGGUUCCAUGGUCCUACAGUCGACCACGACAGUCCAGUACUUUUUGGGAUCCUGGCUCAUCCGGAUAAUAAGCUUUUGUCCUGCCCUCCUGCAAUGCGCUUUAUCAUCACGUCUGUGGGGGGUAAGCAGCGACGUUUGUUGCUCCGCGGUGACUCCGCUGGAGUGGUGUCCCUUUGGAACGUGGACUCGGCUGCCGUCCCAACCCCUAAUCAAAUGCCAUCUCAUGCACCAAUUGUUAUGACCAGUUUGGACAUGGCCUGGGCGGAAAUGAACCCUAGCCCCGUCGGUAUUUUAGACCAGUUGCAUUUACCUGAUGAACCAGAAAUAAAACUGACGGCAUCCAUCUACCUGCUGGCCGCCAACCGUUUAGUCGUUGGCCGUGAAGAUGGAUCCAUAGUGAUUGUGAACGCAACACACACGGUGCAACUGCAAUUGCUGCACGGCAAUCAUCAGCAAUUAGAGGACUGGCCUCGCCACCAGCUUUUACUUGGACAUAUUGGACGCGUCAACUGCCUCAUUUAUCCACAUCAUAUUCACCAAAGAUAUGACAAAGCCCACAUAGUGUCAGGCGGUAUCGACUUCGCGGUGUGCCUCUGGGAUCUGUUCAGUGGCACUUUACUGCACAGGUUCUGUGUACACGCUGGUGAGAUCACGCAGCUGAUAGUGCCACCGCAUAAUUGCAGCCCACGUAUCCAGAAAUGCAUAUGUUCCGUAGCUUCGGAUCAUAGCGUGACCCUGUUAAGUCUGACUGAACGUAAAUGCGUGACCCUGGCGUCCCGGCACCUGUUCCCUGUAGUCAGUAUUAAGUGGAGGCCGGCUGAUGACUUCAUGGUGGUGGGCUGCAGUGAUGGUACUGUCUUCGUGUGGCAGAUGGAGACUGGACAUUUGGAUAGAGUUCUUCAUGGUAUGAUUGCCGAAGAGGUGCUGGCUGCCUGUGACGAAGCUAUAGCUGAUGACCUUGGCGGGUCACUGUCUGGCGGCUCCAGCGAUGGCCUUGCCAAUCCAGCGGUUCAUUUCUUCAGAGGUCUCCGUCAUCGCAACCUGACAGCUAUGAGAGCGGCUACUCAGCGAGGACUGGCAGCUCUACAGCACAGCGGCCCUGCUGGAAAUGCUGGACCUUUGGCAGAGCCAGCCAGAGCUAGACGCGCUCAGCUCACUGUUCAAGGCUUCAGGUCUAAUCCUGCUGAUCCAGAGAGUCACAUUUUGUUCUUCGACAUCGAGGGCCUUAUCGUCGAGCUCCUCAGCGAAGAGUAUUCUGCUAUGAGUCCUGCUAGCUUAGAGGCUGCCGGACUUAUCACCAGCGAGUACAUGAAAGUUGCAGCACUGACUCAGUCUGCCAGCCCUGACGCCACCAAAAGAAUCUCAGGUAUACUGGCGAAGAUGAAGGAAGGCGCGGAGACGAUGCAGACGAAACUGCAGGCUAAGGCUGACCAGCUCAAGGGACAUCUGGAAGCUAAAGGUAAGUGA